CCCGCCGGCCGCGUCCCGUCCGCUCGCUGCGAACCAGGAGUACCCUCUGCGCACCCCUGGGCUCCGCUCUGGCCCCGCUGCGCCAGACGCAGCUCUGCCCGACGGCGACAUGGGUUUUCCCCCAGUCCCGGAGGCUGGCAGCCGGCGCUGGAGGCCUGUGCUCCUCGCCUUCUUCCUGGCUGCCUCCCGAGGCCUGGUGACAGCGUUCAAGAUUGCCACGCCCUAUUCCCUGUACGUGUGUCCUGAGGGACAGAACGUCACCCUCACCUGCAGGCUCUUGGGCCCCCUGGCUAAAGGGCACGAUGUGACCUUCUACAAGACCUGGUACCGCAGCUCGCGGGGCGAGGUGCAGGUCUGCUCAGAGCGCCGGCCCAUCCGCAACCUCACGUUCCAGGACCUCCACCUGCACCACAGUAGCCACCAGGCCAACAGCAGCCAGGAUCUGGCCCAGCGCUAUGGGCUGGAGUCGGCCUCCGACCACCAUGGCAACUUCACCAUCACCAUGCGCAACCUGACGCUGCUGGACGGCGGCCUCUACUGCUGCCUGGUGGUGGAGAUCAGGCACCACCACUCGGAGCAGCGGCUCUUUGGAGCCAUGGAGCUGCAGGUGCAGAGAGGCGACGAAACACUAUCCAAGUGCAUCGCGUACCCACCCUCCUCCAACGAGAGUGAAAGCAUCACGGCUGCUGCUCUGGCUACGAGCGCCUGCAUUGUGGGUAUUCUCUGCCUCCCCCUCAUCCUGCUCCUGGUCUACAAGCAAAGGCAGGUGGCCUCCAACCGCCGUGCCCAGGAACUGGUGCGGAUGGACAGCAACAACAUUCAAGGAAUUGAAAACCCUGGCUUUGAGACCUCUCCACCUUCCCAUGGGAUGCUGGAGGCCAAGCCCAGGCAGCCCCUGUCCUACAUGGCCCAGCGGCAGCCUUCUGAGUCUGGGCGGCACCUGCUGUCUGAGCCCAACACUCCUCUGUCUCCACCGGGCCCCGGGGAUGUCUUCUUCCCCUCCCUAGACCCUGUCCCUGACUCCCCAAAUUCUGAGGCCGUCUAAACCAGCUGGGGGCCCGUGGGAAGUUGUGGCUGGGUCUGGGGCAGGGGCAUUUGAGCCAGGGCUGGCCCUUUUACUGGUCCCUUCGGCCCUGGUUUCUUCCCUCCAAGCUGUAAGCUCAGACUCUUUGAAAUACCCCUGAUGGCCAGAUCUUCCACCUCUCUGGAUGGCAGAAGGGAGAAGGUGUUGGACAGUCCAGCCCCUCUCUCAAGGAUGGUGAGAGGCUUGGAUCCCACCCCAGGGACCUGAAAUUCACCAGCUACUGAUGCCAGAUGACCUCUGUUCUCAAAGCCCCAGGACUGCCAGCUCCCGUGGCAGCCUCUCUCUCUGGGACAUAAGCCCUGAGACCUGAGAGUAUAGAUGCGCACUGGGCAGACCUCCCAGUGCCACCCUCCAGGCCCGAGACACAAGAUGUGCAGAGACUCUUCCCACUGUGGUGGGCCUGGCUCCCCACUCCCGCCUGAGACUGCUCAUCCAUCAGACUCACUCUGUAAUCAUGAGGCUCUGGGGCUAGGCCUGCCUGACCUGGCUGCCUUCUAACCAGCAGACUCUUUGAGGGGCUAUCAACUGGUUAAACAAAUCUGGGGUUCCCACUGCCUGUACUCUGGGUCCCCAGAAUGCACUGGCCGGAAGCCCCAAAACAGGAAGUACACCCUGGGGCACGGUGACCACUGUGAGCCAACUGGCAUCUCGGGCAAUGGGAGCCAGGUCAGAGGUUGUACUGCCGCCCGCCAUAGUGGUGAGUGGAGGGAGAGUGGGCUGGCGGGGGGCGGGGGCCUGCUGGGAAGGUUCAGAGGAGAGGGCUCCUCCCCUCUCCCUGUGGUUAAGAGAGCUGGUGACCACAUAAUGUAUUGCCCAAACUAUGACGACUUCUCAGUGUGAAGAGGGGGUGCUAUUAAAAACUACGUGGGUGACAGUGUAAAAACCCCACGGACAGAUUGUAAGAGCUGGGUUGAAAUCCCUACUCUGCUUCUGAGGUGCCUGAGGCCCAGGGAGCCCUCCACCGCCACCCCCAGUCUUCGAGGACCUCUGUUCCAGUCACUCUCCACUGAGCCAUCAGGGCAGCGGGACCCUGUUGGGUGGGAGGAGCGGGCGUGUCCACAGAAAGUCUGGGCCUGCUCUGCCCUCGACCCUCUGCUCCCAUCUCCUGCUUCAGGCAUGACCCGGGUUUGUCUUUAUAUACAAAUAGGAGGGGAAUCCUUUGUGGAAUUUCAAUUAAAGAGUUUUAA